UGAUGACCGGCGGAACACUAACGGAGCGGCAGUUCAGCAAAGCUGCCCAACAGUUUCUGGAACUUUCCCGCAGAAUCGAUGACGGUUGGGAACUGAUCACACCGGAAGCGGAGACCGUCUUCUUGACGAAGCGAUUGAAGCAAACACUCAAUAGCAGUAUCCCGCGAGACGAUGACGAUUUUGAGGAGCUGAUCGAGCAGGAUCCUUCUGUUGUGAUGACGCAUUCCGACGGUGAAGGCGAAGAGUUCUAUCAGUUCGAGUACCAUGUAGUCUACAGCGAAAGCUAUCAGGUUCCGGUGCUGUACUUCAACGCAUACAGAUCAGAUGGAACCAUGCUGCGAUUGGAACAAGCCUGGAACGGGUUUCGGGAUUUGGCUACGGAAAGUCGCGAACAGUUGAAGCAAACGCUGACCCAGAUGGAACAUCCGGUGCUGUUCAAACCGUUCCUCGCGCUGCACCCUUGCAAGACGGCACAGGUGCUGGGAAACGUUACCGGGCGCGGAGGGAAUCCGAUUGUGACGUUCAUCUCGUCGUACGGUCCAUUUGUGAACCUGAGUUUAGAUUUGAGAUAUGCCGGCUUAGUUGAAUAAAA